CCCACCCUUGUGUUACCUACCACCCGUCAAUCAAAAUAUAAAAAAAUCUGACAGUUAUAACCCGUUUCUAGGCGAAUACAAUCAAUUCAAUCUACUAAUCAUGUCCCGUGGCUUGUGACUAUUGGGACCCUCCGUUUUAAGACAAGUCACGGUAUGACUGCGCCAGAACAGCCACUGAAACCAGAUGAUAUGGCUGGCCUGGACGUGGAUGGCAGUCAAAGCAAUUUUAUGCAGCAGGAGGAAGACAGGGGCAAUCAGGACACUCAGCCAUCACCCCUCGACCUGCUAGCCACGACCUGCACUAAAGUUGGGUCACCAUCGUCAGAGGUGAACAGAGGUGCUGCCGCUGAUGUGACAUCAGAUCCAUCUUCGCAACUUACUGAGACUGACAAAUGGGAGGUGUUAACACCUACAACAACAGCAAAGGAUGAGUCUGGGAUAAUACAAAUCCAAAGUCAAGGAAUAUUGACAUCAAAUGGACAGUAUGUUCUUCCCCUCCAAAACUUACAGAGUCAGCCAAUCUUUGUGACAUCGGGAACAGACGACUCCUCUGCCAAUUCAGUGCCUAACAUUCAGUACCAAGUAAUUCCUCAGAUUCAGACAGCAGACGGACAGCUGAGCUUCUCCACAUCCAGUGUGGAUGGGCCAACUCUGAGUCAGGAUGCCACAGGGCAGAUUCACAUCUUACCUGAUGGUAGCCAAACUCUCAGUGUGACAUCAGCUGCAAGCAUCCUUAACAACAACCAGAACCUCAUUUCACAGACUGCUAAUGUCCAGCAGAUUCAAGGGGUUUCUAUUGGCAGCUCCACUUUCAAUAACCAGGGUCAGGUUGUUACUAAUGUGCCUGUGGGCUUGCCUGGGAACAUCACCUUUGUUCCUAUUAACAGCGUUGACUUGGACUCUCUUGGCCUCUCGGGUGCUCAGACUAUAGCAACAGGGGUUACUGCUGAUGGCCAGUUGAUUAUGACUAGUCAGCCUGUUGAUGGUUCCGAGAGUCUAGCCAAAACAGAUGAUCACCUCUCACAGACACUACCAGUAAAUGACUCGAAUGGAAAUACUGAGAUAUUUGUGCCAACGUCUUCCUCUCAGCUGCAUCUUCCAGCAAAUGAAGCUGGUCUCCUUUCACAUGACACUUCAUUAUCAUCAGUGGCUGCAGAGCAAGCCGACUCGAGUGCCAGUCUCCAACAAGGCUUCAUCCAGCAGAAUCAGGAGCAGAACGUUCAGGUGUCCCCAGCUCAGCCCAUCAUUCAGCUUCAGCAGGUGCCUGUUCAGACCACAAAUAGUCAGGUGGUUGCAGCAGGGGGACAAAAUCUGCAAAACGUGCAACUGAUCAACCCAGGAACCUUCAUCAUCCAAGCUCAGACAGUCACACCAUCGGGCCAAAUACAAUGGCAGACCUUCCAGGUUCAAGGAGUGCAGAACCUUCAGAACCUUCAGCUACCCACCACACCACCCCAGCAGAUAACUCUGGCACCAGUCCAGACCUUGUCAUUGGGUAGCAUCAGUGCAGGGCAGAUCCCCAACCUACAGACAGUAACAGUGAACUCAGUGGCCCAACAGGAAGGAGACACAAAUACCCUUGCAGAUAUUCAGAUCAAGGAAGAGCCAGACUCUGGAGAGUGGCUAAACACAGAUUCUACCCUGAACACAAGUGAUCUGUCCCACCUCCAUGGAAGGCUGGUGGAUGAUGAGGAUCAGCUAGGCCAGGAGGGCAAGAGGCUGCGCAGAGUGGCAUGCACAUGUCCUAACUGCAAAGAGUCUGGUGGGAGAGGCUCCAGCAUGGGAAAGAAGAAACAGCACAUCUGCCACAUCGUGGGCUGUGGGAAAGUGUACGGAAAGACAUCGCACCUGCGAGCGCACCUGCGCUGGCAUUCAGGGGAGCGACCUUUUGUCUGCAGCUGGAUGUUCUGUGGGAAGAGGUUCACACGCAGUGAUGAGCUCCAGAGGCACAGGAGAACACACACAGGAGAGAAGAAGUUUGUCUGCCCAGAAUGUUCCAAGCGCUUCAUGCGGAGCGACCACCUGGCGAAGCACAUUAAAACCCAUCAGAACAAAAAAGGCGUGAACUCUGGCAGCGCCGUGGUGGCCUCAAUGGAAUCCACAGGUUCCUCCGACAGCAUCAUCGCCACGGCAGGCGGGACCACCCUCAUCCUCACCAACAUCCAGCAGGGUUCUAACAACGCCCAGGACAUCCUGGCCAACGCAGAGAUCCCUCUCCAGCUCGUUACCACGGUAGCGGCUAGUGAAGUCAUGGAGUAAUGUGCUCUCCAUUUAUGAACUUCUACAGCAUCUCUUAUACUGUAUACUCCUACCUGCUUUUUUAUUCAAGUUUUGAAGGACUGUCAUAUAUAUAUAUAUAUAUAUAUAUAUAUAUAUAUAUAUAUAUAUAUAUAUAUAUAUAUAUAAACACAGACAUCCAUGCUCAGUUUUCACUGAGGAAAAACAAAAAGCAAGUGGAAACGAAAAAGGUGGAUAAAGACAUUGCAGUAAACACAGUGAAAUGCCUUAUUUUGUACAAUAUUAUGUAGUUGAAGAUGUAGGAUUACAGUUUGUUUCAAAAUCUAUGUAUUUGUUAAUGUUUUUUUUUUCUUUUUGUGUGUUCAUGGAAAUGUAUUGCUACAUUAAGAAAAUCUUGUCUUUUGUUGACAGUAUAUUUUGAUUAUAUCCUUAUAAGCAAAAUUAGUUUCACGUUCUUUUCAGCAGAGACUAAAUGUUACAGCAGAACUAAUUUUAUCCACUUGAAGUAAAGUUAUAAAGUCGAUGCAAAUUUUUCACUUUGUGAUUUUAAAUUAUUAAUAUGCAUUGCUUCCAAGGCAGGCGGUCUGCCAGCAAAAGCCCUUCUUUAAUUAGUUUUGUUUGUUUUUAUGAAUAUGUUUCAAACGUGAAAAUGAAAAACAAUCAAAGUUUUGUAUCAUAAUGACUAUUGAACACAUUCUGUUAUGAUGACACACCUUGUUUGCUUAUAAAAUAUUUUGACACAACAGCUAUUUAUAUUAGGCUUUACAUAGAUUAUGCAUUUGUGAUAAUGAAGGUCUGGAAUAUUUCAAAUGGUUCCAUUAUAUGUAAUUGAGAUGUGUUUUUGUAUCCUUUUGUUCUUUUUGGAGAACUUCUAAAAAAAAAAAAAAAAAAAAAGUUGUAAUAUAAGCGGGGUGGGGAGCCUUUUUUGUGGUGGUAAUUGCCAAAUUUGACUCCAAACUCAGGGUGACUCUUGACUGCGUGCUAUAAGUAAAGUAAAUCACCCCAGUCACUUCUCUGGCCAUAGUGGGAUGUAGUGAAGAAAUGCUUUUAUUUCUUCCUUUUUUCUUUCUUUCUUUUUUUUUUUUUUUGGUUAAAGCUGUCAUGUUACCUAUGUCUAUGCGCAUUGAAUCCUAUAAUGUCUUUUUUCUGUUUAAUUCAACUUAUGUUGGUGUCAUGGAAACAGCUUUGCAGAAUUUUUCAUAAGUAUCUUGUUUCACCAGCCUAUCGUGCAGUUGGUAAAUCUGUGAUUACUGAACAUGGUACUCUUUUUAACAGCACUGUUGUCAUCACUUUAAUCUUGUUUAUUACUUUGGAUAGAUAUGUUUAGUUAAGAAUCUGUGUUAUAUCCAUUGUAAGCAAAUUGAAUUUUUAUCUGUCCUUGUGUUUUACUUUUACUGUAUCACACCCCUCUAUUUUAUAGCUUCUAUCUAAUUUCUGAUACCCACCCCCACAUUGUUAAAUUGAGUGCACACUGAACAGUGAAUUUAAUCGUAACAUAUGUGGGUCUUUAUUUUGUUAGUGUUGUUCAUUUGGGUUUUUUCUUUUUUUUUUUAAGUUUUUUUCUGUUUUGUUACUUGAGACAUGUAAAAAUCACUAAUUUCAUAACGGUUAUUUGGUCCUUUUUUUGGAGGUUUUUGAGUCAAACAGCAAGAUGCUGAAACUUUCAGCAUCUUAAUAUUCUUGACUGACCACUGAAGGUUUAGCUUCACUCCAGUCUUCUGUAUAAAUAUGUCAAUAUAUAAUAUCAAUAUAAAUCUUUGUUACAAAUGAA